AGAAGAAAAAUAAAAAAAAAAUUUUGAGACCUUUCUUUCUUUCAUUCUCACGUCUCAGCAGCAUGGUUACCCGACCGAGCCUUCUUCCUAUUUAAUUUUAAUUUCCUUAAAAAUAAAAUAAAGAAGAAGAAAAAGAGAAACGCUUCAUAAGUGACAAUCUUUUCAUAUUGAAUUGGAUUGGAUUUGAUUUUUUUUUUUUUUGGAAGCCGAAGAAAGAAAAUUUUCAUUCUCCAACGAAAAACCAAAGGAAACAGUAGUAAUUAACACACACACAUAUAUAUAUAUAUAUAUAUUUAGGAAAAAAAAUAAAAAUCAUAGCUUGGUUGGACUUUGGAGUUGGGUCGUUCGGUACUUGGAUCCGCAGCGAGCAAAAAGAGAAAUUGAUUUGAUUCCUCUCCUCUUCUCAAAAAUUAGAAUCCAGAGAGAGCUCCGUUCCGAUUGAACAAACGAGAGAAGCAGGUUUAGGAUGAGAUGAGGAUGAAGAGUUGAUAUUACUCUCCAACCAAAGGGCAUCUCAUUCUGUAAAGAAAGAAAAAAAAGAAAUUAAAUGCUGGCGGUGAGAUGAUGAUGAUGAUGGGAGAGUGGGUGGUGGGAGCAUUCAUAAACCUGUUCGGAAGCAUUGCCAUCAACUUCGGCACUAACCUUCUCAAAUUAGGUCACAACGAGAGAGAGAGGCAUGCCUCAUUAGAAAGUGAUGGCACUAGUAAUGGAAAACACACUCUUAAGCCCAUCAUAUACUUCCAGACUUGGAGAGUUGGCAUCGUUUUUUUCAUUCUCGGAAAUUGCCUUAAUUUCAUUUCCUUUGGAUAUGCUGCUCAGUCACUUCUUGCGGCCUUGGGAUCUAUUCAAUUUGUGUCCAACAUGGCAUUUGCUUACUUUGUCUUGAACAAAAGGGUCACUGUUAACGUCAUGGUCGCCACUGCUUUUAUUGUUCUUGGAAAUGUUUUUCUCGUCGCUUUUGGAAACCAUCAGUCACCUGUAUAUACUCCAGAGCAAUUGGCUGAGAAAUACAGCAAUGUUACGUUCCUUUUCUAUUGCGUGAUUUUGAUCUUAGUAGUUGCCGUACAUCACUCCAUUUACAGGAGAGGAGAACUUUUGCUUGCUGUUUCGGGACAUGACCUUAGGCCCUACUGGCAUAUGCUACUUCCUUUCUCCUAUGCCAUAGUUUCAGGUGCUGUAGGAUCAUGCUCGGUGUUGUUUGCGAAGUCUCUCUCUAAUCUGCUAAGGUUGGCCAUGUCUAGUAGUUAUCAGUUGCAUAGCUGGUUCACGUAUUCAAUGCUCCUUUUGUUUCUUAGUACAGCUGGAUUCUGGAUGACUAGGUUGAAUGAAGGAUUGUCCUUGUUCGAUGCGAUUCUUAUUGUACCUAUGUUUCAGAUUGCUUGGACAUUUUUCUCCAUUUGUACAGGAUUUAUAUAUUUUCAAGAAUACCAGGUUUUUGAUGCACUAAGGACGACAAUGUUCAUACUAGGCAUGAUGUCCGUGUUCAUAGGAAUCUCUCUGCUGGCACCUGAUGAAUCGAAAGGAUCUGAAGUUAAAGACAAUACGUCUUUAGUCUCUGUGAUGUCUUCGAGCAUUCCAAAAGAAGUGGACAGGUUGGUUGUGGGAUCUGAAGAUGCAAUAAGUAGGGAUAGUGGAUCAUUCAUGCAAGGGUUGGUGAUGAAGAUGUCGGAUAUUGUUGUAAAGGCAAAGAACGCUUGUGCAUUAUCAUUAGGUUUUGGAGAAGAUUCGAUUAAUGCAUCAGCAGUACUGGUGAUGCCAAUGGUGUCCUCAAAGAUAACGGGGUUUAGAGGAGGAAGUGGGUUUGAAAGGGCCAAGCUUUUCAACAUGAGAAAUUCGGGUGGUUGGACUAAAAUCCCUACUACUACUACUAUGGAUCAAGAUGCUGCUGUGGAGAUGUUAGACCACAGCCCUCAGAGCCCUUGAAUUUGAUUAUUCACUGACGUCGUGGAGUACUAAUAAUAUAUAUACAUACAUAUAUAUAUAUAUAUAUAUUCAUUUUGUCUAGAAACAGAAACGCCACAAACACGAGAGCUUUUUUUUUUUUAAUUUUUUUUCCUUGCUUUGUAUUUAA